UUCACACCGAUAUUUCACCAAUGAAACACGCAGACACACACCCCCAAUCUUCAAACUGGCCUAUCGUUUUUACUCCCUCAAUUAUUAAUUUUAAAUUUGAUUUAUAUUUUUCUCCAUCAUGAUAUUGGGAGAUUUCCCACACCCAAAAAGAUAUCGCCUAAAUUAAUUGCAGCUACCACCAAAGGCUACUACAGCUGAAAUUCGCAAGGUAGAAACAGAAACUAGAAAGUCAAUUAUAAAUUGGAACUUCUAUAAUGCUCAAAACCAUACAAAUUCUUGGUUCUUCAUCUUCUUCAUCUGGGUAUUUUUCCCUACCCCACAGAUUAAAGAAGCCUUAUUCAAAUUUCCAUUCAAUUUCAAGAAACUCCAUUUUAGCAGCGGUUUCAAAAUCUCCAAAAUCACAUUUUUGUGCUUUCCAAUUUCGAAAAGGUUGCACAUUUAGAGCUUUUCAAAUGUCGCACACCCAUUCCGAGUCAACCCCAGAUGGGGGACCAUCACCCCCUUCGUCCUCAACGUCUACUGCAAUUUACUCAGCUGGUUUUACUAGGAAAAUCAAUUUCUGCCAAUUGUGCGGUGGCCCAACCAAGCAUGAGGUACCCGAUGGGGAGGAAAAGACACGAGCUAUCUGCACGCGAUGUGGGAAAAUUGCUUAUGAGAAUCCAAAAAUGGUUGUGGGUUGCCUCAUUGAGCAUGAAAAUAAGAUAUUGCUGUGUAAACGGAAUAUUCAACCGUCUUAUGGCCUCUGGACUCUUCCUGCUGGUUACAUGGAGAUUGGCGAGUCUGCCGCUGAAGGGGCAAUUAGGGAAACGUGGGAGGAGGCAAAUGCACAAGUCGAAAUCCUGUCACCAUUCGCUCAGCUGGACAUCCCCCUUAUUGGCCAAACUUAUGUUAUAUUCCUGGCAAAGUUGAAGAGACCUGACUUCUCACCGGGUCCAGAGUCAUCAGAAUGCAAGCUUUUUGCUCUUGAGGAUAUUCCAUUCGAUUCUCUGGCAUUCUCUUCGAUGCUGGUCACUUUAAACUUGUACUUGGAAGAUAAAAGAAUGGGCAGACUCAAGUUUCACUACGGCAUCAUAAACAAACGGCCUGGCACUAGCCCAUCUGAGAUUCGUGAGUACACUUUGGAUAGCCAUAUGAGAUGUUGAAGACGGGUCGCGUCUAGAAUUGUGGAAUGUAGAGUUGGGUGUAGGUACUUAGUUCAUUCAUGUAUAUAUAGUGGACAAACAAGAUAUGUUUUUUGAUUCUUGACAAGUUUUUUCAGUUUGUUCCUUACCUGUGUUUGAUUGAUUAAUCACUCAUAAAAAUUCUUUUACUGAUUUAUUUUUAUUUUAAUUGAUUAUUUCUGUUUUAUGGAAAA